AUGGCUACCCCUAGUGUCCUCGCUUUUGACGCUGAGGGUCGGGCCAUUGACUUUGACGUCUGGAUAGAUGACCAGCAGCUUUUCCUACAGUGCGAUAGGGCAGACGGUCUCUCCCUCUUUGACCUCACUUCUGGUGCCUCUCCUGCCCCUGCUGCUGAUGCUGAUGCCACUUACAAGAGUGCUCAGACCUUGUACGACGCUGUAGUUGCACGCUACUCCUCCCCUGCCACUGCUGCACUGAGCCGCCUCAUGCUACCGUACCUCUUCCCUGAUCUUGCUGCCUUUCCCACAGUCAUUGACCUCAUUACACACCUCCGCACUAGUGACACUCGCUACCGCGCUGCGCUUCCUGCUGAGUUCUGCGCCAAGAACCCCCCCCCCAUGUACAUCACCCUCUACUACAUAGUCACCCGGCUCCCUGACUCUCUCCGCGUAGUCAGGGACCACUUCCUCUCAGUUUGCCCCACCACUCUCACCGUUGACCUCCUCGAGAAGGCCCUCCUAGCAGCAGAGAAGAGCAUAGUCGCUGUAGGAGCCUCUCGUGGGGACCCUCGCACCCCCGUCUUUGAGGGGUGUUCUCUCUUCCCCCUAUUGCCCUCUGUUGCUUCUGCUGCUUUGGCCGACCUCGUUGGUUUCCAGUCGGUCGGCGCUGCGUCUGCCCCUUCGGGGAAGCGCCGCACAGGCAAGGGCAAGGGGGGCAAGGGCACUGGAGGAGCUGGCGAGGGCGGUGGAGGUGGCGGUGGAGGGGGUGGGGGUGGUGGUGGGAGUGGUGGCGGGGGUGGAAGUGUCGGUGGCGGUAGUGGAGGCGGAGGCGGCGGUGGCGGUGGGAGCGGGGUUGGCGGAGGUGGCGGCGGAGGAGGAGGCGGCGGCGGAGGAGACGGAGCUGGUCGGGGUGGCGCUGCGCAGAGGGUCGGCUCCGGUGGUGGUCAGCACCACCAGCAGCAGCAGCACCAGCGCACUCGUGACCACCCCCCCCCCUCAGCAGCUCCGUGA